AUGAAUAUUCGUCCAGCGACCCACAGUGGUUCCUGGUACAGCUCUGAUGCGGAGAAACUAUCUUCACAACUCUUGCAGUUUUUGGGCUCCAACGAUGUGGUCAGUGGUGCCAGAGUGGUUAUAUCGCCACAUGCUGGCUAUACGUAUUGUGGUAGCACGAUGGGCAAAGCUUACGGGGCUUUGGACUUGUUUGGAGUGAAACGAAUCUUUAUCUUGGGCCCAUCGCACCAUAUAUACUUCAAAAAUAAGGGAUUGUUGAGUGGAUUUAGUGAAUUGUCAACGCCAGCCGGGUCUCUAGUUGUAGAUACGGCUACUGUGAGUGCCCUGGUACAGCAACAUGAGGGAUUUGAAUUGAUGGAUCCUGAAGUUGACUGCGAUGAGCAUUCAUUGGAAAUGCAGUAUCCCAUGUUACACGCAACUUUGCAGAAACGUAAAAUUGAUCCGAAAAGCGUCACGGUGGUGCCCAUCAUGGUAUCUCACAACUCGGCUCGUGUGGACUAUCGAUUGGGCAAAAUUUUGAGCGAAUUCGUCAAGGAUCCAACUAAUGCGUUUAUCGUGAGCUCUGAUUUCUGCCAUUGGGGACGUCGUUUCAACUUUACCGGCUACGUAGGUGACGUCAACGAAGUUCAAGAGGCCCUGGCGGAAGACACAGAGAUUGAAUCGCUCACGGCUCGGAGUAAGCUAUCGCACCAUCAGGUACCUAUCUGGAAGAGCAUCGAGAUCUUGGACAAGUUUGCAAUGUCCAUUUUAUCGCAAGAGAAACCGCACGACAAAUACGACCUAUGGAAGCACUACUUAGAGGUGACAGGAAACACAGUAUGUGGUGAAAAGCCUAUCGGUGUAAUGUUAUGCGCACUGAGCCAGGACAAAAGUUCCAAGGUCCAAUUCGAAUGGCCUGGUUAUUCACAGUCGAGUCAAGUAAGCAGCGUGAUGGAUUCGAGCGUGAGCUACGGUGCAGGAUACUGCAGAAUUUAA